AAUAAUUACAAAGGUAACAGCUUUCUGCUUGACGCAUCGUGGGACGCUCGUUCGCGCCGUAUAAUUUAUUUUUUCACAUUAUUUCCCGAAUUGUGGUGUUAUAGUAAUGUCGGGGAUAGCAAGUGCUCGUUUGGCUGAAGAGCGAAAAGCUUGGCGCAAGGACCAUCCUUUUGGUUUCGUCGCCCGGCCUAUGAAAAAUCCAGAUGGUUCUUUGAAUCUGAUGACUUGGGAGUGUGCGAUCCCCGGAAAAAAAGGGACCCCAUGGGAAGGAGGUCUGUACAAACUUCGCAUGAUUUUCAAGGAUGACUAUCCAUCAAGCCCUCCAAAAUGCAAGUUUGAGCCUCCUCUGUUUCAUCCUAAUGUAUAUCCAUCGGGGACAGUUUGCCUGUCAUUGUUAGAUGAAGAAAAAGAUUGGCGUCCAGCUAUCACAAUCAAACAGAUAUUGCUUGGAAUUCAGGAUCUGCUUAAUGAGCCUAAUGUGAAGGAUCCGGCACAAGCUGAAGCAUACACAAUUUAUUGUCAAAAUCGGCUAGAAUAUGACAAGCGAGUGAGAGCUCAAGCGCGUGCUAUGGCAGCCACAGAAUGAAGCCUGCACAACAUUCGGAAGCAUUCAAGAGGCCACGGCUAAAACAUAAUGAGGGCUGUUUUAACCCCAAUGCUCAAGUCUCUAAGGGCAAUUUAAGUAAUAAUAUUAUAAGAAAAGGUAACUUAAUGUAUUGUAUUUUAAUUGAUUAGAGUAUUUGGGGUUGAAUUUCCUCUAAGAGGAGCAUACGCUGGCCGACUUGGCUCAUUUCUCUGCAUUAUGAGGCCGUGGCUGGAGCAGUAGGCAUAGGUGUUGUAGAAACUUCCACUGAAGUAAAACUUUUGAUAUCAUUUGCUACAGUGAAUGUUUCAACAGCAGUAAACUAUUUAAUAAUUUAGUAAUUCCAAGGAAAGUAUCUUCUUGUAAGCCAUUUUCUAAUACUGCCUAUUACUGUUUAGUCACCUGAAGGAUUAUUGUGAAUGAAAAUAUAACCUUUUUAUUCAUGUACCGAAUUAUAUACAGUAAGACAGUAUAGGUAUUUAUUUCAAAACAUUCAGGCUGCAAAUGCUUAUUGUCCGUAUGUAUCAUAAAAUGUAACGUUCUGAACUAGAAGUAAAGACAAGGAAUCUACCUUAUAAUUUUAAACUAUUUUUGUAUCUUUUAUGUUAAUCUUAUCGAACAAUAAAUUCGAAAACUGGUGUAA